AUGGAGACAGUAUCAUCAGACAUGACUCUCGACCCCCAACUCAAGAUCGAUAUGGAUGCUCAAGAUCAGCAAGCCAUUGACCAUCCACUCAUCGAUGCCACCGAUCUCCCCAUGCUGUGGGCACAGCGUGUUGAGGACGGCUCAUACAACGUCGUCGGCGCUCUCAACUCUUGCCAGUCCAAAUUCGACAACCGCACUCUCUGGCAGCGCAUCCCCUCCGACGGCACCUACGUCCACCGCAACCUCGCCCCUGUCGACUGCGCCGCCCUCCGCGCCACCGCCAUCUCCAAUACUACCGCAAACAACAAGAUCUACCUCUCCCUCGACGACUACGAGAACGAAAAGACCAUCGCCUUCGCCGCGCUCUACGACUACAACUCUACCAAGUACAGCAGAGAGACCAUGCAGGCCACCGCCAGACAGCAAGCCGCCAAGAGAGGAGCUGCCAGCAGAAAGGUCAACAAGGAAAAGAAGAAGGAGGAGCUCGUGGUUAAUGUGGUGCAGGAGCUGGCUUUCUUGAAGGAGUGGCAGGGUUUGAGAGAUGAGGAGUGGAAGAGACGCUUUGAUUGGAUCAUUGGCAGUGUGCUUGAGGUUACUGGUGUUAAGCUGGCUCCUGGCUCCACCUGA